CUCAGAUCUUGUAGGAGUCUUUACAUCUUGCGGCAUGUAGAAGCCUGUACUCCAUACGGUGUGGCAACAAUCAAUGCCACCUGUUUCGAGUGACAUUGAUGUGAAAAUGUCUAUUCUCCCGUAUAAACGACACUGAGGAUGGAGUUUGCGCUGCACUUCUCAUACUCAAAGUCACCGACAAUCUUCGGGCCACAUGAAAGAUAAACUAUCUCGCCAAAAUUAAUCAUUCAUCUUUUUCACAGCCCUUGACACAUUCGGCAUACAGAGCAGGUAUAACCCCUAGACGCGAGUUGUUUCAACUCAGCUUGAAAACCGACCCUCUCUGCCUGCGGCCGGUUUGCUUUGAUCGGCCAAGCUCUACCAAAUUACCGCAUCACGCCAGCUGUGACAAGAUCACCAAACCGCCACCAUGCCUCCAGACAACCCCAAUGGAACUACAGCUCAUGAAGAAGCUGAAAUCGCCUAUUUCCAGAACAAUCCAGCUCCCAAGUCUCUGGCCAACCACGAGACGCUGGCCCGGGAGUUCAUUCAGUAUCAUUUGGAAAAUGCGCCGAACCGCCGGAUCGCCCUAGUCACUUCUGGAGGGACAACUGUUCCGCUCGAGAAUCAAACAGUGCGCUUCAUCGACAAUUUCUCCGCCGGUACUCGAGGAGCCACGUCCGCCGAAUACUUCUUGCAGGAAGGCUAUGCCGUCAUCUUCUUACAUCGGCAAUUCAGUCUCCUGCCUUAUUCGAGGCACUACAGUCACAGCACCAACUGUUUCCUCGAUUUCAUGGAGGAAUCCGAAGAUGGGGAACGAGUUGUGGUCCGAAAAGAAUAUCAAGAGAAGAUGCGCCGAGUUCUAAAGCAAUAUCAGCUGGCCAAGCAUAAUCGGUUGCUGUUGCUUCUGCCUUUUACUACAGUCACCGAAUACAUGUUCGAACUUCGCAGCCUUGCCGUCAUUAUGCGUCCCCUCGGAAAUCGGGCGCUUUUCUACCUGGCUGCCGCCGUCUCUGACUUCUUCAUCCCGAGGGAUCGGAUGGAAGAGCAUAAGAUCCAGUCUCGUGAAGGGGGCGCCAGCCGCCAGUUGGUCAUCAAUUUGGAUCCGGUCCCGAAAUUCCUCAGUAAUUUGGUGCAUACCUGGGCUCCCAAAGGCAGCAUGAUUGUCAGCUUCAAGCUGGAAACCAACCCGGACCUUCUGGUGACCAAGGCCGAACAAGCUUUGGAGCGCUAUCAGCAUGACCUCGUGAUUGGCAAUCUGCUCACCACCCGCAAGUGGGAGGUCGUCUUCAUUACACGCGAUGGAGGAGAGAGAUGGAUCCGGGUCCCAAAGACGAGGCGAUCCAAAAGCUUUUCUGGAGUGGAGGCACUGGUGGGCAAGGCAGAGCGAAAGCACGGGCCGGAACCUCACGAUUUGGAGGGAGGUACCGUGACGGAAGGCAUGGAAAUUGAGAGCUUGAUUAUUCCCGAAUUGGCCCUGAUGCAUUCAGACAUGAUAGAGCAGACGUCCUAAAGCCCAAGGGAGAGGCCAUAAGGCCAUGAUGAGCUCGAUGCGGUCAUCCCUAUUUGGAAAGGGUGAAUUCAAGCGAGGGAGACUGGGUUGAUCCCGGACACAGCGGAUACACUGGCAACCUUUUAGCAACUGUUAUGCAGCAACCAGUCAAUCAUGUGCAUUCAAACUUCUCUUCGGGUCACGGAGAAUAUAGGACCAAUGAUUGCUUAGCUUAAAUGCCACCAACC